CGUUAUUGUUUGUUUUGAAGAAUUGUUUGUUUUGAAGAAAAUCAAAAUGUCUGAUCCAGCUUCAAUUCUAGUAUUGGGCAAUAAAAUGAGGGAGCAGAUCAAAGAGCUGCAGGAGAGGAGAGCAGCGGCCAUGAUGAACGAGAUAGCUGAUCUUCAGAGAGAGAGGGACAUUGCUUUGAGCAGGCUUAAAGCAACAGAGGGGCAGGUGAAAGAACUGCAGGCAGACAACAGCCUUUUGAAGGAAAAAUGUGGAGCAGAGAAUGACUUAAAAAUUGAAAUAAACGCACUAAAGCAACUAUGCAAAGAAGAAAGACUGAUUGCAAAUGAUCUCAAGAAGAAACUUCAUGGCUCAGAGAAGAAAUGCAAAGAUUUGACACUGAAAUUACAAGCAAUAGGAACUGGAGGUGUCAAUUCACCAGUCUUGGGACUUCAUUCACCACUCAUAAGUCAUUUAAGGGUCCCUCUCUCGAAAGAUAAAAGUCAGAGCAUGAGCGAUUUAAGCAACAGGAAGAAUGUCGAGCAAGCUUCUAGUCAACCUGGAUCUCCAUCUUUAACACCAGUCCAGUCUCCUUUCUCCAGCCCUACUUUUGUACCCAGAAGAUACAAGCUGUCAACAGUAGCUAAUAUGAAUCAAGAGACACAGACAGAUGCAAUGAACACAGAGCCAUCCAUGUCACCUAUGAUGGAGAAUCUACCACGACCUGUACUGGAAGCACUUGCAUCAGCCAGAGAUGAUCUCAUGACACUUAAUGAUCAAAAUAAUCUACUUCUUGAAAAGUUGCAAAAAGCAGAAUAUGAGAAGAAAAUGUGGGAACGGAAGGAAGCAGAGAUUAAUGAAAAGCAUAAGGUUCUUAAGGAAGAGAGUGAUGUAUUAUGUGAAUCAUUAUCACAGUUCUCACAAUGGGUCCAGUACAAACUAUCAUCAGUUGAAGAAGAGAUGGACAUAUGCAAAGUUAUUUACUCACUACAUGGAUCACUAUCUAAAGAUACUCAAGCAAUAGAAGAAAUGAGACAAAAACUACUCAAAAGUGAAUCUUCAAUUUAUCAUUUAACAUCAGUCAAUGACCAACUAAAAAACGCAUUGGCUGAUGUAGAAAUACAACUACAAGAAUCAAAGACAGAAGCAAAAACACUAAGAGAACAGCUAAAUAAAGCAUUGACGAAAAAAUCUUCAAGUCAACGGAAGCAGAUUUCAUCUCUUUACUCACCUCUUGUUAGACAGAAAGAAAAGCAAAACUUAACUGUGGCAAAGGAAGACUAUGUAUAAAUUUAUGUGAUAUAUUUGUGUUAGAGAAAAUUAACAAAAAUUCCUGGCAUGAGAAUAAUGGAUGUCUAACCUAUAA